AAAGAAUUAAAAACUCGUCCUCUUGUUUUUAAAUCAGAUUCUUAGAAGUACAAAACUUAUGGCACUCUUAUAAACCAAAUUUGUUUUUUUUUUAAACAUUGGCUGUAAAUCGAUUCGGUAAAAAAGUUCUGAUACCCUUUUCAUCCAUUUAAGUUUAUACACAACACACAGUUACACACACAGACAAAUCAAAGAGAUCGAUCAUUGUGCAGAGAGACAUGGUGUUCCGCGGCGACACGGUGACGUCCGUAGCCCAUUUAUCGGCGGAGAUAUUUCAGCGGUUAAGGUGGAUCCCGCCGUCGGAUCGAAUCAGAAGCGGCGAGAUGUUGCAGCUCGUCUGCUGUUUUCCACUUCAACAGUUAGGUCGAUUCAUGUUAUGGUUCUGGAAUUAUAUAUGUGUACCACCUCCAGAGAUUCUUUACUUUGAUGAUGAUCUUGAUAACGAUGAUGUUUAUGGAUCAUCUUCGUCUUCUUCUAUUGUUAAUCAUCAUAAUUACUAUCAUCUUCGUAUGGAGUGACCAAAAAUUUCGUAUUUUCUGAUUUUUUUUA